AUGACAUCUAAUAAAGUUCCAUUAUCUUAUCAAAAUAGUAACCUUACCCCACAGGGAGUUAACACAACUUUUUCUACUGCUCUAUUUAACGAAAAUGCUCGAAUUUCAAUGUUGUCUGGUGACAACUUUACUGAAUGGAAGAAGAAAGUCCUUCUCACUUUAGGGUGUUCGGAUCUGGCUUUGGCACUUCGUGUGGAAGAACCAUCUGAGCCUACGAAAUCAAGUAUGGUAGAGGUUAAGGCUUUCUACGAGCAAUGGGAGCGAUCUAAUCGCUUGAGCUUAAUACUCAUAAAGGCUCAUAUAAAUCAAAGCAUUAGGGGUUCUAUCCCUAACAACGACAAUGUCAAAGAUUACAUGAAGGCAAUUGAUCAACAAUUUGUAAGCUCUAACAAGGCGUUGGCCAAUACCCUUAUGAAGAAGAUCUCAAGUAUGACAUUUGAUAGUAGAAGUACAGUGCGUGAGCAUAUUAUGGAAAUGGGAGAUAUUGCUGCUAAACUCAAGUCCCUUGAGGUUGAUAUGUCUGCACCAUUUCUUGUGCAUUUUAUUCUCAACUUUCUUCCUACGGAAUAUGGUCUAUUCAAGAUAUCUUAA